AGGCAUUCAAGGCCAGGCUGGAUGUGGCUCUGGGCAGCCUGGGCUGCUGGUUGGCGACUCUGCACAUAGUGGGGGGAUUAAAACAAGAUGUUCAUUGUGCUCCUUUGCAACCCAGGCCAUCCUAUCAUUCCAUGAUCCUAUGCAAAGCAUUGGGUGCAAUCACACCAAGGGCCUGGCUGACACCAGCCAACGUUUGAGCCAAAGCUUUGCUCUUCCUUAUGGAAAUCUUCUUCCUAAUUCAGAACGAAGCAACCCCAAGUCUAAUUUCAGACCAUACAGCUCUAUCCAAAAGGCACAACACAGCUGAGCUGAUACCCGGCAUCAUGGAUUGAUCCAAUUCCUUCUGCUGCCCAACACAGCAAAGCCAGCACCAGAGAGGGAGGGAAGGAGGGAGGGCAGGAGGGGAUGGGCUUUGGGUGAACAGCCUGCCAGAAUGGAUGUGGGUUUUGCAUGCAGGGCUGUCCAAUGCUUAACGAACAUCUGUAUCAGCAGCCCAGCCCUGGCUAUAAAUAACCCGAGUUGGAUUUUAAGCCCUGCAAUGCCAACCAGCCCCAGGGAUUUUGGGCACUGCUGGGGUCAGCCAUAGGGGAUGUGUCCCUUCCUGAGCUGCACAGGGCUCCGUAUGCAUCCUGCACAUCUGUAUGAUGCUCCUUGCAUCUGGAUUUGCUCACGGCUUGUCCCUCACUGUGCAGUUCCAGGCAGGGUGGCUAUGGGGACCUGCUUCCCCAAAACAUGCAGUUUUAUCCCCUUCCCAUUGCAGGUUUUGGCAGAAGGGGCUGAAUUGAUGACCCCAGAUGCUGUUCUGCAGAGCCAGGGCAUUGCUGACUUCCCCCCACCUCCUCCUGCCUUAUGAACCCCCAAACCUGGCGUUAGACUGGGGGUAUCCCUGCAGAAGGUGUUUCCCCUCCCACUUCUCCAGCCCCCAGUGCUGGGAUUCCACAGAGGAGUUAAGCAACUUGACCCCCUCCCCAGCAUCCUCUGUGUACCCCAUGGCCUCAGGGCUCCGUUCCGAGCUGUGUCCCCCAGAAGACCCCCCCGCCAUCACCCAGAGCACACUUGGAAUUCCCAGCUGCUUUUUUUUUUUUCCCCAUUCACCCAACCACGCGGCCAUUCCAUCUGUGUGAUGCUGUGUGCAUCACAGGGGGUUAUCAGGGCUCUGGAAUGGGGGAGGGACCCUCUGUGCAUCCCCACUUUUUGGGGCUCUCACAUUCAGGCAGUGACUCUCAGCCCAACCCUGACCCCACCUCUGCUCUGUGGGGUGGAGGUGAUGCUGUGACCCCCUCCAGGAUCACUCACCCCAUCCCACCCGCAGCAUCCUCAGGAUCACCAACCCCACGAAAUGCUUCGAGAUCUCAAAUUACCCCCAAAUGGCCAUUUUUCCUAAGAGCCCCACAGCUCCUUUAGGAUCGUUACCCAGUGUCGGACUACAGCUCCCAGCUCGCUGUGCGUGCGGCGGGGACGGGCGGAGGGAACGCGAGCGGGAGCGGAGCGCAGCGGGGAUCUGCUGUGCUGCUGUGUACGGCAGGAAAACAAAACAAGUGCGGCCGCCGUUCGGCGUGGAAAGUUACCGGGGCCGUGGGGAGGGAGCGCCUGUUUUCAUCCGCGUCCCGGAUUUCUCCAUUUACCUCCACGGGACGAUAAUCCCUAAAUCCCAACGAGAUUAAAGGCACCAAGAAAGAAGGUCCGGAAGCCCUCCCGUGGCCAUGGCACUGGUGAAGAGCGGAUGGCUGUGGCGGCAGAGCUCCAUCCUGCGCCGCUGGAAGAGGAAUUGGUUUGUCCUCUACCUGGAUGGCAGCUUGGUGUACUACCACGACGAGACGCAGCGCGACAUGGACGGGCGCAUCCACAUCAAGUACAGCUGCCGCGACGUGCGGACCGGCCGCGAGUGCCGCGACGUGCAGCCACCCGAGGGGAAGAGCCGCGAGUGCCUGCUGACCAUUGUGCUGCGGGAUGGCUCCAAGACGACGCUGUGUGCUGAAAGUGAGGACGAUGCCAUUGCAUGGAAGAUGGCAGUGCUGGAGGCGAAAUCCACCCCGGUGCAUGUCUAUGACCCCUAUGAUGAUGACUACUACCAGACGGUGCCCAUCGACUCCCACCAGACCGCCUACAUCAGCUCUGGCCACUACGGCCACCAGUAUGGAGCCCCCGGGGUGACCCACGUCAUCGUGCGCGAGGAUCCCUACCGCGUCUCCGGGGACCAGAUGGCCUUGGGGCUGCUGGCUGGGGCUGCCACUGGUGCAGCCCUGGGCUCCUUCAUGUGGAUGCCAUGCUGGUUUUAGUGAACCCUUUGGCUCCCCAACCCGAGGUAAUACAUCCCUGGCUUGGCACCCCCCGGAAAUCAUCUUUUUGGGACAAAGGGGAGCAACCCCCUCCCGCCCACCCACGGCUUUUGCAUCAGAUAACCCACACAAGCCCAAAAACCUAAGCCAAGACCCUUCGCUGCCCCAGAAAAACUGCUGAGAAUGGGAGGAUGUGGCCCCGCAGCCUGGCACCAUCCACCACCCCAAAUCUCUAGCUGCAGAAAUACCUGAAGUUUUUUUUUGGGAUGAGUUUGGAGGGUUGCUGCUCCCAGUAGCCAUUUCAGGGAGGCAGCCAGGUUCUCCUUACAAAACUGCUUUUUUGAAGGGUCUUUUGGGGAGAGGCACCAGCACCACAGUGUUUUUUUCCCCAAAACUGCAGCCCUGAGGAAGGGAGAAACCAAUCUGCAAAUGCCCAUGGGUGCCAGGGUAGGAAACGGGCACAGGGCUGGUGUGAAGAAUGAGAGAAUGGAGGAGGAUUUGAGUGCAAGGGGGGGAAUGAGAACCCUCAUCCCAUACUCAGAGACCCCCAUACACAUGAGCAGCUCCAUGCCUUUGUCUGGCUUUCAGGCUCACUCCAGUCCCUGGGGCUGAGCAAACUCAGGAACUGGGGACAAACCCUUGUGAACUGGGGUCAACAACCCAGGAACUGGGAUGGGAACUUCAGGAACCUGGAACUGGGAUGGAAACACUGGGAAUAGGAAUGGGAAUGCAAGAAUUGAACUAAGAGCAGAGAUUGAGAUGGGAACCCCAGGAAGUGAGGUGGGAACUCAGGAAUUGGGAAUUCCAGGAAAUGGGAUGGGAACACCAGAAGUGAGAUAGCAAUGCCAGGAAGUGAAACGGGAAUCCAGGAACCAGGAUGGGAAUGCAAGAAUUGAAUUGAGUACACAAUUAAGAAAUUAAGAAUGGAUCCCCAGGAAGUGAGGUGGAAAUGUAGGAAUUGUGAUGGGAAUCGAGGAACUGGGAUGGGAACACAGAAAUUGAGAUGGGAACCCCAGGAAGUGAGAUGGGAACCUAGGAAUUGGGAUUGGAAACCGGGAAUUCAAAUAAGAACCCUGGAAUUGGGAUGGGAAUGCAAGAUUUGGGAUGAGAAAAGCCUUGGCCACAAUGGGGCUUCCCCAGCCAUCACCUAGCAGCAGCAGCUCCAGGAAGGACGCACAGCACUGAGGUUUUGGGGAAUGGGAAGAGCUCCUUGGGCACUGAGGCUUUGAUUUGAGGUCGAUGCAUGGGGACGGUCACUUAGGGUGGCUCCAAACCAGAGCAGUGCACAACAGGGCCACAUUCACACACUGAGCAGCACCAGGAGCAUCACUGCAAGAACUCUGAUAUGAAAUAAACAGCUCAAGAAAAAAAAAAAAAAAAAAGACUGAAAACCACAAGUAGGAAACCAACAGCAGCACCAGCAACUGGCCCAUUCUUUGGGCAAAGCUUCGUCUCCUCGGGGCUCGGGAUGUCCCCUGAUGUCACCCUCAUCCUUUCCCCGGCCUUCCUCACAUCACCACUGCUGCAAACCCAAUCCUGCAACCACUGUUUUUUGGAGAAAAUUAAAAUAAAAAGGCUAAUAAAAGUGGC